UGAGUGCGCAUGCUCCCUGCAUCCUCUCCACAUCUCCACACGUCCACGGACUUGGAAGCUUGAAUAAAGAUGCUCAACGCCUCGGGUCGCUGGAUCCUUGUCACCGGGUGAAAUAGAGUAGCGUGGACGCACGCACACGCGCACGCACACACACACUGAGAGGGAACCGUGUACAAUUUAGCUGCAGGACUCUCCUCCUCCUCUUCUUCUUCCUUCUCUUCCUCCCUUCUUUUUUCCACCGACAUGGAAAUGAAGAAAUCUAUUUCGGACAGCGAGCGCGCGCUCCGGAGCUACGGCGCUGUGUCGGAAACGGCAUGGACCACGGACAAAGGUCACUCAGAUGUGUCCAUGGCGGAGAGCACAAUGUCUCCAGAGGAGAUCGAGGUGGAGAUGACCCGUAUCCAGCGCCUGCGGGAGGUCCUGGUGCGCCGGGAGUCGGAGCUGCGCUUCAUGAUGGAUGACAUUCAGCUCUGCAAAGACAUCAUGAGUUUGAAGCAGCAGCUGAGGCAGAUUGUCGCUGUACCAGAGAAAGAAAAAACAAAGAAGAACAAGCAGCGAGAAGAGGAGCUGAUCCUGAAGAUCCAUAAACUGGUGCAGAAGAGGGAUUUCCUGGUGGACGAUGCAGAGGUGGAGAGAUUAAGGGAGCGAGAGGAGGACAAGGAGAUGGCCGAGUUUCUCACGCUGAAGCUGAUGCCUCUGGAGAUGAAGCUCAAAGACGCACAAAAUCCUCCAAAGCCCAAGAGACAGAUCCUGGAGCCGCCGCCCAACAAGCCGUCCAUCACCAAGACAGGAGUGGCCAUCAUUAAGGACUGCUGCGGAGCCACGCAGUGUGUCGUCAUGUAACCAGGACUGAGACCUCUGAAGUGCAUCACAUGACAUGACAUACAUCACUUCCUGUCACUCAGAGAACCCCCAGUUUAGCUCCAUCGCUUCAGACUCAACUCAGGAGCAAGGUUGUAAUAGUCGAGUGGGUUUGCCAGUAUUUAUUCAUUUUUAUUUAUAUGUAAUAUGGAGUAUGCAAGACUCAAAAAGGUCAUAAUAAGUAUUGUGUCAUACAAACCCAACAAAAAAUGCCAUUUUAAAAAAUUAGGACAAAUGAACAACCAUCUCUGAAUCAAAUAUAACAGUCUACAAGAACAUGUGCAUCACACUGCUGAGGUUGGAUGCCGUUAGUGUGAAAGGUAAAAAUCAAAUAGGCAACAGACUAAAGACACACAUGAACCAACUCAACCCAAUUAACUACAGUACAUACCAAAUGUUAUGUUUCACUCAUGGCCCACAUUUAAAAAUACAACCUUUCAAAAUUUGCCAGCUGAGAAAAAAAUAAAUACACCUCAUAUGAACCCAUAUGAAUGGAUUAUGUAUGAAAUAAAUUUAAAGGACGAAAACUAAGCACAUUUUGCUACAAUUUUAGUUCGUUUUAUAAACACACAAUUAAGUUUCAAUUAGUUAUCGCUAGUUUUUAUUUUUUUUUCAGUUAAGGAAAACAUUUUUCAAUUUUAGUUUUGGUUUCUUCAUUCGUUUUCAUUAUAACUAUAAUAACCUUGCUCAGGAGGAGUCAGGUUUGUAAUUAAAAUAAAAGUUUAUGGUACAAAGAGCGACCAGGAAAUUUGGAAACUGAUUCCCAACUGUGUGUGAAAAC